CACUCCACUGUUCUUGCUCAAACUUUGCAGAACAGACGCAUUUUGGCGUCGACUUCGUUUAGUAUAACACUUGGCACAGUUAAUUGUUUAGUUUAUAAGGAAAAGGUGGAAAUUUGCCUCCACUUAUGGGGAUACCAGCUGCUGCCGCGACUGCGCAAGCUUAAACUUGUGUCUCCACCUGUCUUCACUGCAGAAAGCGGCGUUUCAGGGAGCGCAGUCGCCUGUUCCAGGAGCGGGCAACACGCGGCAGCCCAUAGCUUCUAUGCGGCAGCCCUCCCUCGAACGCUGCUUUCUACAGAUGAUGGCAGGUGACGACACAAGACUGUGCCAGGGACGGCUUUUCAGACGCCGUUUUUCCCAUAGGCAAAAACAGUUUCUCAUUUUUGUCUUCAAAAAACAAGCAGUUAAUCGUGCCAAGUGUUACACUAAACAAAGUCGACGCCAUAAUGCGACCGUUCUGCAAAAUUUGAAGAACAGUGCAGCGUUGAGCGCAAAUUUUUUUUUUUUUUUGAACACGCGGAGUCAAAAUAACUGCUCCAUAUGGAAUGCAUGGAGUGCAACGUACGAGUGUGCUGCGGCCUGGUGAAAAACCUCAGAGUGGACUGCUCCCAUUAUGCCCAUUCUAAAACAAUUGUACUGGCGUUCGAGGGCCUUCUUUUGGGUACGGAGCUAAUCGAUCAGCUAAGUUCAGCGGAGCUGCUCCCGAGCCUCCGCGCAUCAGCAAUCCGUGUUUCGGAGAGGAGAGGCACAAACUAUAGAACCAUGUCGCUACUGAAGGCGCUUGUUUCAGCGACGUUCUUGCUUAGCUGCAGCUGCUUCGGUGCGAAACUCCAAGAUUUCAGAAACCAGGUGCUGCAGACUACUGAAGUUUUUCAUUUUUAUAUCGAUAAAGAUAUGUUUGACGCAUCAAUAGAUAGCUAUGGGCGCACAGAAUUUAGAGCUGCUUUGUUAGGAAAGCCGGAUCUACCAAAGUGGAUGUUCCUACGCCAAACAGGCAAUUCAAAUAGGGCACUUUUGUACGGUUCGUAUCAAGACAACGGAGAACUCAAUAUUGAGGUCUUUGCCAUCAACAAGUACAACUACAAAACAUCUCUUCGUGUAAUUAGUCUUCAAGUGGAAAAAAGGCCUAGAGAAGCACUUUACGAGGUAGAGAUGAAGUUCUUAAAUCUUAAUAUUGAAGACCUCUUUGAGGGUGACUGGCUGUCCGACCUGGAAGAAAUUUUUCGAGAUCACUUAUGGAAAGAAAGCCCAGUAAUCUAUGUGACAAAAGUGGCUUCAGUGGUGGACAUUGGUGGCAGGGUACCUGUAAAUCCAAAGGACAAGGAAGGCAUAGUGGUACGCAUUGGAGGGACAACCAACUUUUCUCAGGAGCUGCGCACUCUAGAAGUUGAAGCCAAUCAACUGCGAAACAGGGUCUCUUGUCCACGUGACUACAAACGAACAUCUGCUGAGUACCGUUUCCGGAGUAGGAGCUUUCUGCCUGACUGGUGUGGAUUCCGGCUAAUCACGUUUGUCAUUUCAUCCUUGGUGCAGCUGCCGGAGCAGCUAGAUGGUGAAGGAAUGAUGCAGCACCAAGAUGCUGCCUUUUCACCCAUCCCACUAGAAGAGGACAGCUAUAAUCCACCCGACAUGGGUCACCUGCCCCGGAGGGACUUGCUGGCAGAUUUUCUGCUCUCUCUACUGCUGCCAGGUUUUGUCACAGCUAUGCUGCUCAGCACACUCACCUGCUUCAUGUGCUGCCAGCACGAAGAGGAUGUCCCGAGUACGCAGGUGGAACAGCACAGCUCCAUUGAGCGCGCCACCAAUGCCCUGCGCCAAAUGGCCACAAAGCGUAAUCUCUCCUCGGCAGCCUCAUCUCGAGUCCAUUCCCGUGCUGGCAGCCCCCUUGAUGCUUCACUUCCUCGGCCGUCUCGGCAAGGAACACUCAAGCUUCGGGCCCUCCCACCACCACCAUACUCUGCUGCCCAGAAUGAUGCCUGAAUCUGGAGAUGAGCAUGGUAGGAACCUAAGACAAGCUGGUUCACACUCAUUCCCAGCUUGUCUUCUUUAGCCGAAGCCAUUAGCAAACUUGUGAAGUAGAUCUUAGCUUUGACUGCACAUAGCUGCAUCUUUGGUACAAGUCCUUCAUUGGCUAUUGACAUCUUGCGAGCUUCCACGGCAGGAGGUAAACAUAUAGGUAUGUUCCAUUUCUUACAACUCCAACCUUUCUUGUGCCAAGUCUGUGUCACCUUUAGCAUACUAGUCCUUGAAGCUAUGUCAUAGCCUUUGCAUUUCAUUUAUCUGGCAGUUUAAACCAACUGUUCAUUUUGUUUAGUGGAUCAUUUCCUUCUUGGGAAAAUAGUUGUGAAGUCAUGUGGGCCAUGAAACUUGUAUGUUGUAAAAUUGGAUCUUUUGCGGAAGUACAGACAUUAUAUAUAUAUUUGUUGAAACCUGGGCAUAGUACUUUGCAUUGUGUAAUUACUGUGCAGUCAUAGUGAGCAUCAAUAUUAUUUAUGGAAAAAGCCAGUUUCCAUUAUGUCACUUGUCCAUUAUUAUGUUAGCCCAGACGCGAUAAAAGAAGGCUACUUUAAAGAAAACUUUCCUAUAGUAUAUUUGAGUUUUUCUUUAAUUGAAUAAAAGUGAUGUACAAAUUACUUCAAUAUACUUGACACUGCACAGAAUGGAAACUGUGGAGAAGUUAGGAUGGUAUAUUUAUUGUGUCCGGUCAUGACAAAUGCACAAGACUCUUUUCAUGUGCGUCACUAUGUUUGUUAUCAGCCUUGUAAUGUUAGUGUAGGGAGUGGACAUCGAAGUCACUAAGCAAUAUUUGAGUCUUCAUCAAUGGGACUCGCGCUAUAGUUGUGAAGAAAAAAAAAAAAGGAAGCUUGCUCUUGAACUAUGGCUGCCACUGCUCUUUAAUUACCAUUACCAACCGAAUAAUGUGGCCAAUGCCAUAAGAAGACUCCCUUCCCUCUCUCUAUCUCGCCCUUUGGUACUGACACAAACAGCAAGACCAAUUGUUUGCAAAGCCUUGUUCAUCCCUUGCACGCAAAUAUAAAUGUCUUCAAAAUUCAAAUAACUUCCUAGUCAGUCAGUACCAAAACAUGGCAGACCUUUUCGCCAGUAACAGCUGAAAAUUCACUGACAUUGCAUUCUGUGAAAUUCUAGAGCUCUGAAAUUGUGUGUUGGCCAUGUUACUGCAGUUUCAGCUGGUUGUCUAUUUAUUUAUUUAUUUUAUUUAUACAUGUGUAAAACACGUUGGUGUGUCUUUUCCUUAAUUUUGUUCCUCAUUAUGUGUUUGGAUUGGUCUUUCAGCACACUAAGACUUCAGUAGGUGGGCAGUAAAAAAUGUUGAUGACUAUAAAUGGUAGCGUUAUGAUUUUAUUUAGGCAACAAAUGCACACAGCUUAUAGUACUUACUUUGUGGUGUUCCUGGUGUUAUUCUUCUUUCUCAAAUGCAAAGAUAUCAAAUUUCAUAUAAAAUUAAUGUAUAACUAGGGUUGCCAACCAUGCCAGAUUUUGUAGGGCUGUCUAAGCUCUUAAUCAGGACUCCCUAGUCCGAACUUGGCCUUGCCAUGACAGCCAUUUGUAUUGGUGAUACUCAAGUUGAAUAUUCUUGGACAGCAAGGAUCACUCCGUGCACCUUCUGCGUCAUUCAUGUUGCUUGUGACUGUGCAAACAUUGUAAGCUAUGCAGAGCCUUUUCAAUAUAUCUACCCUGGGCAGCAGUCCUUUAGUGGAGAGUGUAUUCUUAAUCAUUAAAUGUUUCCUGGAGAUGACAAAAAUGCAUGCUGAAAGGGAAUGUUGCAUGGCUUAGCCUAAAUUUCCUCCCACAUGGUCAUGGCCAAAAUCACAUCGAGGGGCUUCCAUUUUCUUCGCAAAAUGCUAGCCUAUGCGACAUAUAAUGAAAACAAUGGAAAAUACAUGUGGGAGUGGCUUUUAGCUGUGGCUUGGCGUGCUCAUGGCAGUGCAUGUAAGGAAGUGAUGCACGUACUGCACAUUAGUAUUUUACCUAGCAUUUUCCGACUUUGUAACACUCCAUCAAAGGUGCUGCAAGUGCAGUGGUUAAUGAAGUGGCAGUGGCUUCCAAGAUAGCAACACACUGCUCCGAGAGCCGCCUGCACAAUGCUUGAUGCAAUGCUGCCAUGGAAGCCACGAGUUUGGCAUUUUGCAGCCUUUAGUGGAACAUCUUGUUCACGAGCUGAACUGGAUCGCAAAAGCAGAGCUUGUUCUGCUGCAUGAAAUUUUCAGCAUCAGAUUUGUGGUUUGAGGUGAGAACACCGAAACACUCAUUGGCACUUGCAUAUAGAGGCAAUGAUAUGUGCACCACAACACUGGAAACUCCCUAGAGGCCAUUGGCGACAUUGAAGGGUGCCAUGCAUGUACACCAGCUAUUGCACAAUUACAUUAUGAAGAAAGAUUGUGUUUUAAGUAUCAUGAACAGUAAGUAGCCAAGACAAGCACAACUUCAAACAAAAAACCAAAAACAAAUUUGUGAAAGUGCAAAUUUUACUAGCUCAUUUUUCAUGCAUUCUUGUCCCAAAUUCCUUCCGAGUUGACAGUCCUAUGCAUAAGCGAUAUAUAUUAUGCAGUUGCUUGCCCCUGCAGGCGCUUCUGAUGAGGAAUAUGCAAUCUUAAAAUGCAUUUGCACAUGGAGAGACUGAAAGGCUCUGACUGGCCAGAGGAUGUCAUCAAAGUAGGUGUGUUGAUGCUUGUCACAAUUAAAAUGUGUACUAAAACUGUGAUUGUUAUUCAUUUCAUGCUUGAUUCAAGAAUUUGUUGCUCAAAGUUAAGCAGUUUGCUCACUACAUGACCUUACUAUGACUGGGAUCUGAAAGGAGCAGAAAUCCACAAAAUUUGUUGCUGUCAGCUGGCCACUCCAAAUCAGUCGAGCACUCAACUAUUCCUGUAGAUGCUCUUCCAAGUUCGAGAUGUCCUGCUGCUGCAGGCACUGAGUGAGCCAUCACUGAAUGAGCUUGGAAUAGCUUAGUUGAAGAAGAUAAGGAUCUUUAUACUUUUCUCAUAGUAAACUUGUGACAUUAAGGUACCUCAUUGUGCUUUUGUCUGUGGAUUUGUUGUAUUGAUCAAUGAGAGGUCUUGCUGUUCUUUCGCUGGAUCUCGAUAAGUUGUAUAGCAUUGUGAAGUCUUAACCCUUUGAGGGUCGAUUUUUUUUAUUGCAGAUACCAAUUUUUGAGGGACCUAUUUCGAAAAAAAUUUACCGUACUUUUUCUAGGGGACCGUAAAGUGAGAAAAAACAUUUUGCGUUGGUAUAUAUGUACUGUUUAUUCAUGAAUAACAAUAAAAAAAGGAAAUAAACUUAUAAGAAUUAAAGAUUUGAUGCAUUUUUAUACACAGAAGGCUUAGAAAAUGUGCACACGAGAAUAUUUCGCAAGUGUCAAAUGUUCCUGCCCUUACACUAAUAUUUACGUCCAUAGCGUAAUCAAACUGCGUAGGUGGCGUAGGUGCGCGCAUUAAAGAAAACUGUGUGGUUGUGUGCCCGUCAAAAAAGCAAAACGUGUGACAAACUUCCGCUAAUGUUCAUCUUAUUGCCAACCAGAGGCAAUUAGUUUUCACGAGUCUCCCCCCCAAAAAAAUGAAAUGCAUGCACUGUGGCAUCUUUCCUGUGCGCACUAAACGAGCGAGAAACAGGCGGUCGCCCUUUGAGCAAUUAGUAACGAGAUAGCCAAAAGUUUUGCUUGCGCAAGAAGCCGAAACUGCUUGCGGAACAAAACCCAAACCGCCGCCCGCGCGUGCGCCAAUGUGCAAGCGGUAGUGUAUAGAUUCGCCAGGGCAAACUAGCUCUAAAACAAACCGUGCAACAAAAACCGAGAAAGGGAGGUGCGAGAAAAAAAUUCCCUGUAUUCCCACAUAGUGGUAGCACAUGCCAGAAAAAAGUUAAGAAAUUGGCGCACAUUUUAAACGUACAGAUGGCGCUGUAAAUAUAGGGCGUCGACCAUUUUGGACUUUUUCGCGGCUCCGUUUAUUUACACCAUUGACCCUGAAAGGGUUAAAUUGAUACAGUCUGAGCAAUAUUAGCAGUCAUUUUCAGUCUUUCACGAAAUGUUACCAAGAGCACUUUCUAAAUAUAUGUAUAUAAUAGUAGUUGUGUUUGACUUUAUUGCCACCAUCACGAUCGUGUAAAUUACAGCUUUUUUUUUAUCUUGUGCAUUUGCAUGGCAUUUGUCUGUUUUAUUUGAUUUUGCUAUUGCCUUGCAGCGAGGGAGCAGCAAAGCAUUGAGACAGCAUUUGGACAUAGUUUUCCUCAUGUGCAUUAAGGAUUCCAGGAUGUGCUAGAUGAUAUUGACUCCUUUACCUUUCCUAUUGAGCUCCUCUUGUGCACUGCAAACAUUUUCUUAAACUGAGCUUUACGGGUUUAUCUUUGCAGCACACAACAGACCUCCGUUUCUAUAGUAUCAGUGACCAGUAUGAACCUGCUCAGACUUAGUUCUGUGAAGGACUGAAGCAAGCUAUUUUCCCAUGACUUAGCUGUACUAAGUUUCAGAAGAAAUAAGUUAGUUGAUGAGGUCUGGUGCAACAGUCUGCGUGUGCCACCAGUCUGGAAUGGAAAUGAGUAAUAAUACAGGGCUUGCUGUAAAACUGAUGUGUCUUGCAACCUUUUUGAAGCUAUUAUGUCAUCACAACGUAGUUAUAUUACAGCAAGUAAUUUCAGUUAGCCUCUUCAUGCUGUACCGCUCACUUCACAGGAAAAUUGUAGCACGCAGAAAUUUGGGAGAAGUUCAUCCAUAGUAAGAAUGUUCACAAGAUGUUUGCAAGUUUGCCGAAAUAAAGGUGUCUUACCCUUUGUUACAA